CACCACAGCUUCCUGCUGCGGGUGUGGAGGAGAGGCAGGCGCUGAGCCGAGGGGCAGGGACGCCCGGGGCACAGGGACCACACAGGGUGACUGGUGCCCCAGACCACAGCCCGGGCCCUGGUCCACCCAGGACCAGGGUCUCAGAGCCGGCACCCAGCCCCACUCAAUCCAGCAAGGGGAGGUGGUCCCGGAGCCCCCGGGGAGGACACAGCUGCUCACCAGGACCCCCAGUGGGGGGCCCUCUUGGUCCCUACACACCGCUGCAGCUGAGCCGAGAGGGGCCUGUGGGGCAGCCGGCCCGGCGCAGGCGCCCUCCUGCAGAUGGAGGUGGACGGCCUGACCCCCUAUCCGCUGGGCCUCCUGCUGCUGCCCCUCCUGGCCAUGCUGCUGAUAGCCCUGUGUGUGCGUUGCCACGAGCCGCCCGACUCCUACGACAGCGCUCCCGCAGACAGUUCAAACCCCACGAGCAUCCUGAUCAAACCUCCCUACACUCCAGUUCCCUGGCCACCUGCUGCCUCCUACCCACCUGUUAUCUCCUACCCACCUCCAAGCCAGCCAGACUUGCUCCCCAUCCCGAGAUCCCCGCAGCCCCCUGUGGGUUCCCAUCGGAUGCCGCCUUCCCAACAGGAUUCAGAUGGUGCUAACAGUAUGGCGAGCUACGAGAACCAGGGUGCGUCUGGGAUCUCACGUCCCCGGGCUAGGUGGGGCAGCUGGCAUCUGUCCCAGGUCAUGCUGACCCCUGUGUCAUUGUCCCCAGAGCCAGCCUGUGAGGACGCAGAUGAAGAUGAUGAUGAGGACGACUAUCACAACCCGGGCUACCUGAUGGUGCUUCCUGACAGCACCCCAGCCACUAGCCCUGCUGCCCCCUCAGCUCCUGUGCCCAGUGACCCUGGCCUCCGUGACAGCACCUUCUCCAUGGAAGAUUACGUGAACGUUCCUGAGAGCGGCGAGAGCGCAGAGGCGUCUCUGGAUGGGAGCCGGGAGUACGUGAAUGUGUCCCAGGAGCUGGAGUCCGAGGCUCCAGUCAAGCCUGCUCCCCUGAGCUCCCAGGAAGUGGGGGAUGAAGAGGAAGAGGGGCUUCCGGACUAUGAGAACCUGCAGGAGCUUAACUGACUGCCUGCCAGGGUCACGUCUGUCCUGGAUCCAGCCUUGCGGGCCGGCUGAGCUGGGCAGCUUGAAGUGGCUCGGGGGGCUCCACUUGGUACCCUGCCCUGACUCCAGCUGGACAACAGCCUGAGAAUCCCCCCUAACUUAUUGUCACUUUGGGGGCCAGUCUGUGUCCCCCCCAAUACCCUGCACCUUCUGACGUAGCCUGAGAAUGACCCCCCCCCCGGUCCAGCCCCACCCUCUGUAACCAAAUAAAGGCCACGUGGUCUGUGGCGCCCUUGACUCUGAGGCCCCAGGGGCUGGAGGCUGAUGAGGUUGGGGUGCGCCAGGUCCUGCCUGUGUCUGCGCUGAGAACGUGGGAGGGCUCGCGUGCGUGUGCCUGCGUGUCGGGGAGCCGCAGAGACCUGCGUGUGCGUGUGGUGGGUCUCCGUCACCACAGGGUGAAGUACCUGGCCUGGUCCUGGGAGUGACAGCAGACACUGCCCGGCACACGGCUGCCUUUGGAGUGAGGCUGAGACCCAGGACCCAGGUCGCAUCUCCCCACGAGGUGGUCCAUGCAAGUGCAGCGCUGUUGGCAGAGCCGCUGAUGGUGGGGUCCCCCAGGGGCGGUGUGGAUGUCAACCGUGAGACCCUCCCCAGGCACUCAUCCUCUGUCCUUGUGACCAGGGGCUGGCCCUGAUGACCUCGAGUGCUCUCUUAGUUCUCGGCCUGGGUGGUUCUCAGUAGAUCAGAAACGGUGGCUGCGAGUCGGGUGGGUGUGGUGUGGGCGCCGGAGUCGGCUGCUCUGGAGGGAGCCUGGCUGGGAGGGAGGCAGGGCCCUGACUGCCACCACAGCGAGACCUGGUCUCAAAAAAAAAAGUUCUAGGUGGCUGAAAAAGCUGGUGUGGGGCAGCCCGUUUCAGGUGGCUCCCGCAGGUCUGGCUCAUGCCACCCCGACUCGGUGGCCUGGGCGGGGCCCGGGACUCUGCAUCUCGCUGCAGCACCCAGGGGAGCUCCCUGGGCUGCAUCUUGGACAGCAGGCUGUGACUCUGGUGCCCACCUGACUGGCAUCCCCUGCCCCUUAUUUUGGGAACAUCCCCUUGGGCUCCCCUGGGCUCCCCUCCUUUCCCAGUCUCAUUCCGGUUGAUCUGGAGCUGGUUGAGCCAGCCUGCACCCCGGGAGGGGACCCCAGACAUCCCCCUUGCCUCUGGCCACUGUGAGGGCUCAGGCAGAGGCACGGGAGCAGCCACGUGGCGAGGCACAGGCCUGGGGACGUGCUGGGAGGAGAAGCCUGUCCUUCGCAGCGCUCCUUCAACUGGAGGACAGAGUCCUGGGGCCACCUGGGAAGCCCACCUAGGACAGAGCCAUCGGGAAGGAAAGCGUGUCCCAGAGACGGGCCGGCAUGGCUUCCUGAUCUGACCACACAGGGGCAGGACGACCCUCUCAGGUGUCCUGGUCACCUGGGCCAAUAAAUUACCGUUUGUCUUCAA